AUGAAGUCGGAAGAAUCGGAUAAGAGACAACGAACCAAGAAGAAGGGAAAUCUACCGAGGAUUUUCCCGGCCAAAAGACCCACGGACGAGAAUGAGGGAAGAUAUCCGCACAUGGCGAACUUGAGGCAGGCAGAGGAGGGCAGUCAAAGCGUGGAAAGCUUUGAGCAUGGCAGCGUCAUCCUUCCCCACAAAAGUGUAGACUUGGUCCAAUGGCAAAACAAUGAGCAGUGGAUCGGAGGGGAAUUUUUUCGUUGGAGAUGGCGGUGGAUCCGUGGGAAGAGAGGGCGCCUCGCCGGAGAAAAGAAAGGAAAAGAAGGGCAGAAGAAGGAUUUGAAGCCGAUGAUUCCGUGGGUCGCUAGGGCUAGGGUUUUUUAUGCACGCACUUUCUGUAUGCUUAAUGCUUAUGUGCACGAAAUAGUCCACAUAUAG